AUGAAGGCUUCCGUGUUCAUCGCCGGCGCUAGCGCCAUUCUGGCUUCCGCCAGCCCCAUCAACAAGCGUGCUAUGGAGACCGAAUGGGUCUACGAGGUCGUCACCGUGACCGUUACUGAGGAUGCGGUUCAGGCGGCUGCUGCCACUGACUACGUCUACCAGGAGGUCAAGCCCUCAACCACCACUACCACCAGCAUGAAGGCCAAGGCGAAGCCCACAUACGUCCAGCCCGUUGUGUACACCACUAUCGUUGAGGCCGCCGCUGUUCCCACCACUUCCUCCUCAAAGGUUGAGGCCGCCGUUUCCACCGUCUGGGUCGACGCCUAUGACGAGCCUACCACCACCUCUUCUAAGAAGACCACCAAGAAGACCUCCACCACUGCCGCCGCCGCCGUCGAGACCACUGCCGCCGCUGAGUCUGGCUCUUCUACCGGCUCUCUGUCCCUGGACCAGAGCUACGAGGCCGUUAUGGUCGACUACCACAACCUCCACCGUGCCAACCACUCCGUUGACGCUGUUACAUGGGACACCACCCUCGCCGGAUACGCCCAAACCAUCGCAGAGACCUGUGUGUUCGAACACGACAUGACACAGGGUGGCGGCGGUUACGGUCAGAACCUUGCCUCUUGGGGCUCCACUGGCGAUAUCUCCGAUCUUCAGAACAAGUGCGGUGCUCAGUCUAUCACCAACCAGUGGUACAACAGUGAGAUGGACAACUGGUCAUACUACGGCCAGGAGAACCCCCCCAGCACCCUGGGUCUCGACCUCUACGGUCACUUCACCCAGGUUGUCUGGAAGGACACCACCAAGAUCGGCUGCGCUACCGUCCUAUGCACAGCUGGCAAGAUGUACGACUUUGACGCCUGGUACACCGUCUGCAACUACAAGAACCAGGGCAACUACGGUGGCGAGUACGGCAAGAAUGUUCUGCAGCCCCUCGGCGAGAAGAUGGUUGUCGUCUAA